AUGAAUUUGAAGUUACCUCAGAUCCUCCUAGCCCUAGGCUUUUCCUCUCUGGCUAUGGCAGACAUCUCGUCUAAGUGUGACGCAAGUACCGCCGAAUUCGACACCAAAGAUUACCCAUCCCAGAUGGCUGUCCAAUGCGGGUCGCAGUUAUAUUGGCAUCUCGACUUAAACAAGUGUUUCUUGAAUCAAGAUGGUACCCUUUAUUACUAUAAAGAUGGUAAUGCCUUCAUCUCCUACGCUAUUACCGAUGACAACAAGCAAGAUAUUCUCGACCUUGCUGAUAAUAGAGACUAA